AUGGACCGCAUCAAGGAGAAAAUGAACCAGCUCCGUCUGGAUGCUGACACCGCCAACUCGAAGGUCGACGAGCUCCAGGCCAAGGUCAAGACUCUCGAGCAAGAAAAUCUCGCCAAGGAGCAGGAGAUCACCUCCUUGCAGCACAAGAAUAACGUUCUUGAGGGACAAGUGGAGAAGCUCGAGGGCGACGUUGACAAGUACAAGAAGAUUGCUGAUGAGGGAAGUGGCUCCCUUACGCAAAACGAGGCGCUCCAGCGGAGACUGCAGCUCCUCGAGGAAGAGGCCGAAGAGGCCGACAAGACCCUCCGUGAGGCUAACGAGAAGCUCCGACAGACCGAUGUGAAGGCCGGACACUUCGAGCGAAAGGUGCAGGCCCUUGAGAACGAGCGAGACCAAUGGGAGUCCAAGUAUGAGGAGAUGGCCAAGAAGUACAACGAGGUCCAGAAGGAGCUCGAGGACUUCCAGCGCGAGAUUGGUACUCUCUAA